AUGUCGGGAAAUGACGUACCUUCUUACGAUGAGUUUGCCGUGGGCUGGAUCUGUGCCCUACCACUGGAGAUGACCGCAGCUAAAGCCGUCCUCGACGAAGAAUAUCCAAGUCUACAUUUACCUAAGCAGCAUCACAACACCUACGUGCUUGGAAGGAUUUCCGGACAUAAAGUGGUGAUUACAUGUCUUCCAUUCGGGAUUUACGGAACUACGUCGGCGACUGCGGUAGUUGAGCAGAUGCUAUUCACCUUUCGGUCCAUCCGCUUUGGCCUCAUGGUCGGGAUUGGCGGAGGAGUCCCGUCUGCUGUCGAUGUCAGACUGGGAGAUGUGGUCGUAAGUAAGCCGACUGCUGGCCUUCCCGGAGUGAUCCAGUACGAUUAUGGCAAGACCGUUGCUUCAGGUCGCUUUGAGCAGACCGGGACACUCAACAAGCCGCCGAUAGUUCUCCUAUCAGCGUUGUCGUCGCUGGAAGCAGAUCGUCUGGCUGGAGGCAGCGACAUUGGUACCUAUGAGAAGAUUAUCGCGGAUUCUCUAAGGGCUGCCAAAGAUCCAUCCGUGUUUCGGUAUCCGGGUGCCGAACAUGAUUGGCUCUUCGAUGCCUCCUAUGACCAUGAUCCUCGCUUCGCAUCCUGUGCUGAGUGUGACCCAGAACGACGGGUGAGACGCAAGCCUCGACGCUCAUGCACACCGGUCGUACAUUAUGGCAACAUUGCGUCGGGCAAUCAAGUCAUGAAGCAUGGCCUCACGCGCGAUCGCAUUGCGCAGACAACACAGGGGAUCUUGUGUUUUGAAAUGGAGGCGGCGGGGAUCAUGGAUUACCUUCCGUGCCUCGUGAUCAGAGGGAUUUGUGACUAUUCUGACUCCCACAAGAAGAAAGAGUGGCAGGGGUUCGCGGCUUUGACAGCCGCGGCCUAUGCGAAAUUGCUAUUGUCGAAGAUUCCUGUCCAUCGGAGUGAGGCGUCUACGCUGAUACAGGCACCUGGUUCGAAGAAUAGUAGCGAUUCGUUCGAUGUUCGCUUCGACACAAUCGAAAUGCCACAGGCUGCCAUUUCUGUGGGCCGGGAGGCAGAGCUUGCAAUGAUAACGAAGAGUCUUCUAUCAGACAGAUUUCGAGGCAUUGUCACCCUAUAUGGAAUGGGUGGAAUUGGGAAAACCGAACUCUCGAUUAUGUACAUCAUGCGCCAUCGGCAAAAGUAUUCAUCUGUCUUCUGGAUUGAUGGUAGCAGUCUUGACAAGUUAUAUUCCAGCUAUACACAAGCGGCAAUGCGGAUCAUACAUGAUCAUCCAGGUGACCAGUCUUUGAGAAAGGCCUUGAAGGAAGGUGAUCAGAUUCAAUUGGUUGGAUCAGUCAAUGAGUGGCUGAGUCGCCCUUCAAACAAUCGGUGGUUACUCAUAUACGAUGGCUUCGACCUUCCUAUGGUCGAAGGUUUUGACAAAGCCGAAAUCAUGAAAAUGAGACUGCCUCCAAGCAAGCAGGGUCAUAUCAUUAUUACAAUGAGAAGUUAUGAUAUUGGAAUAGGUGAUCAGAUUCAACUAGAUGGGCUGCCACUGGCCAUCGUGUCUGCUGGGGCCUAUCUCAAACAGAGUGUGAUAACUUGCCGCGAGUAUCUCAAAUUAUAUAAAGAAUCUUGGCUGCAGUUACAACAACUAUCGCCGCAGCAAUCUUCGCUUGAACAAAAGUCAAUGCAUACAACGUGGAAAAUCACACUAAACCAGAUUAUGCGCCAGCAUAGACAUGCCGCCGUACUGCUUAAGCAGUGGAUAGCUUUUAAUAGUAACGAUAUCUGGUAUGGCCUCUUCCAGAGUGCUCGACCAGAAUCAGCGUCCGACCCCUUAGUGUUCGAUACAGCAAUGGCUGUGCUAAGUAGGUAUGGAUGGGUCGAACCAGGGCCUGUCGCAGCAGGAAAUUCUCAGCAGGGUCGGGGCUAUAGCCUUCAAAAAUGCAUUCAUGCCUGGCUUCAAUACGAGGACUGCUUCGUGUCAGAUAUUGACCUGCUAACGCAGCUUGCAGUUUUGAAGAUCAGUACUUACCAGUUGGAUCUGGUCACCAAAUUCAAUUUUUUCUCACUGGAACUCCCUGAUAGAAACCGUCUUCUUCCUCAUGCAGACCGAUGCCUGGAAAUCUAUCUUUCUAGCGGCAAGGAUAAAUACAACAGCCUCUUUGAUCUGAAAGCGCAGUUACGACUUGCCGAUUUAUAUAUGAUUUGGAGUACCCGGGCCUCACCCAUCUAUACUUGCUAUCUUGAUUUCCUGUGCCAGCCAUAUGAGGAAAAGCGAAAUCUGGCCAAAUCCCAGGACCUCUACUGUCUCCUAAUGGAAAAGCUUGAUAUGCAACAGGAUCAGUCGAACAGGGAAGUGCAAGAUAUGAUGUCCAAGGUGUAUCACCAGCGCGGGCUUAUCAUGUUUCGCAACCAGCAGUUUGUCAUGGCCAGCAAGAUGUUUCGAUUGUCUAUCCAUACUGACGCAGUUUUUGAGCGGGCCAAUUUUUCUUAUCCCACUAAAUGGGCUUAUCUUCUAUAUUUUACUUCGAGAGGAAGACUUCAGGAAGGACGUCCCGCUAAAUAUGUUGCUGCUCUUCGUGAAACCAAUUGUGUUUCUUCACUUAUUGAUAUCUCAAAGGAUGCAACGGUGGAAAACCUUGUUGCUGUGGGCAGUUGGCCACGCCUGUUUCCAGGUGUAUUACUCGUCAAUUCAGCCUACGCUUAA